AUGGCGGUUACUGCAAGGACAUUAAUCAGUCUUCUUUUAUAUCUUGCGGCGUUUUAUGCUACAGAUGCUACAAUAACCUGGAGUACCCCAUCGGGUGGAGACGGUACUGCAAACGUAGACGAAAACGCAGCUGUUGGAGACGCAGUUGAAACUAUAGCCGCCACUUCCGAUGAUAAUCUGGGAGCAAUUACACUACUGACUACAGGCACUCCAUUUACAUUGGCAGUUGGCGGAGCAUUGACAGUUGCCUCUGCUACCCUCGACUUCGAAACAACCCCAACCUACACAUUAAGCAUUAAAGGUGUCGACGAUUCAACUUCUGCAACAGCGACACUUACUGUACACGUCAAUGAUGCUCCAACGUUUAGUUCAUCUACCUUCAGUACUUGCGCGACUGACGGAUCUGUAGCAGGUACGACAGUCUACACUCUAUCUGCAACCGAUGGGAACUCCGGAGACACACUUACUUACUCCAUUACAGGUGGGAACACAGGCACCGACUUUGCUAUUUCUUCAGAUAAGAUUGUUACAGCAAAUGCACUUGCCAUGGCAAGAACUGCAAGCUACGACCUGAUAGUGCAAGUCAGUGAUACCUCCUUGACUGCAAGUGCAACCGUUACUGUAUCAGUUUCUGCGAGCUGCAACAGUGCAACGGCUCUUGUCUUCAGCCUGUUGACCAUCCUCACAGCUCUUGUUGUCGCUCUGAAUUAAAUCUUCCUGAAAUACUUUAGGUAGACCACAAGUAGAUAAUAAAUAAAUAAAUAAAUAAAUAUUGGGUACCUUUUCGUUGAAACUGUCAAAGAAAAGAGAACAUUACAAAAGUGACAAAAUGAUAUCGUAAAUACUUGAUUCAAGAUUACCAACAACUAGAUAGUUUAAACGGUUACCUUGAUUUAACCGUAGAAAUAUAUUCAAUAGUUUUAAAGUUUGAUACAGUUUGCUUAAUGUAAAAGCAUAAUGAACUGCGUGAUGUUUAUAUAUCAGUACUCCAGGUGAGAGGACCUUUCGACACGGGACAUUUAACGCACACUUUAUAUGACCGCUUACCCUAUUUGUACUAAAGGCAAAAAGAGCGGUAAAUGUCAAAAAUCAGUAAAUGCACAUAUAUGUAAUCACAUAUUAUUGCCUUCUAAAAUAAAAAAAUAAACAA